UGUGUGUGUGUUUGGUGUGUGUGUGUGUGCGUGAGGAGGCCGUAUAUUGGUCGCCAACGCGCGCGCGCGCGCGAGCGAGCGAGCGAGCGAGCGCGAACGCACGCACCACGCACGCACGCACUCCGCUCCGAGUCGUCCCCGCCGCUCCGAGUGAGGAGAAGAGACGUACGGUGUGCCGGGACGGUGCGGAGGAAGGAGAGUUCGAGAAAUAGCCGGCCAUAUUUCGCGCGAGUGCUUUACUCGCGUGCACAUACGCAAAGUCGCGCCGUACGUGUUUCGCCUCGCGUGUCGCCUCGUCUCUAUCUCUCUCUCUCUCUCGUCCCGCCUCUAGAGAGCAUCUUUAUCUCUUGGCGCUCCGAUUUUUUUCUUUCCCUCUUGUUUUUUUCCCCCCUCGCGCACGUCUCGCUCCCCCUCCCGUCACUAACUCACUCUGUGUCACAUACUCUCUCUCUCUCUCUCUUUCUCUCUGCACGUCUCUCUUUAUCUGUCUCGUGUCUCAUUUUUGUCAUCUAAUCCUACAUAUACCGUAAAGAAAGUCUGUAUUCCUGUUUACCGGUCUAUCUCGCGGUCUCGUUCUCCACAUCUCUUCGCGUAUCUAUUUAUCUAAUAUCUGAUAUAUCCGGCCGAACGUUCGUCGAGAUUUAUCUUUCAAUCUCGAGUCUCGAGCCGCUAUCUAUCCAUCGUUCCGUCUCGCUUCUCUGUCUCUCUCGCGCAUUACAUACAUACAUAUAUAUAUAUAUACACACAGACACACACACACAUACACACACACACACUCUCUUACUCUCUGCUGUCUUCCUCUCCUUCUCUCGUGCUGCUCUUAACUACACUACGGCACAUUCGCUCUCGGUGCUAUGUCUACGUACUCUCGUACCCAGGAGAGCGACGCGUGGGCUCUUCUGGCAUUGAAGUCGGCACCGGCCAGCCCGACGAAGAUGCAGUGGAAUCCGGAGUCGAAGGGCGCGCCGAUAGCGCGGCUCGAGGGCCGCGAGUUCGAGUACAUGGUUAGGCAACGGCGUAUCACGAUCGGCCGUAACAGCAGCAAGGGUGAGGUCGACGUCAACAUGGGCCACUCCAGCUUUAUCUCGCGAAAGCACCUUGAAAUUUACUACGAGCAUCCGUUCUUCUACAUGGUGUGCAACGGCAAGAACGGCGUGUUUGUCGACGGGGUGUUUCAGCGCAAAGGCGCAUCUCCCUUUCAGCUACCAAAGACAUGUACAUUCAGAUUUCCAAGUACAACGAUAAGGCUGAUUUUUCAGUCGCUUAUAGACGAACAGGAGCAAAGUAAUAUUCGCGUGCCCUCCCCGCCAAAACAAAGGGCACCUUUACCGCCACUGCGGAUAAAUAUACCGGAUGCCGGAUAUAGCAGUCCGUUCCCAUCGCCCACGGGAACAAUUAGCGCCGCCAACUCCUGUCCAGCGAGUCCACGCGCCGGCCAGGGUAGGAGAAACAUUUCGGCGGAUCUGCAGAUGGUUGCAGCGUACGCUGCUGCUGUGGCGAACGAUCCGCAAAAUUCCACCUUGGACAGGCACAACUUGGAGAGGCAUGAAGGCGGACAGAGUUCCAGCAGGCAGAUUAGCCCUGAGCCUGGUGCCGAGGCGCGUUACCGAGGCGGAAAUAAUUCGGGACCGAACGGUACCACGCCGCACUACAGCCCACCUAAGGACGAUUCAAAGCCGCCAUAUUCCUACGCGCAAUUGAUUGUUCAGGCGAUAGCGUCGGCGUUAGAUAAGCAGCUCACAUUGUCGGGCAUUUAUUCUUACAUCACCAAGAACUAUCCGUACUACAGGACCGCGGAUAAGGGCUGGCAGAAUUCUAUUCGGCACAAUCUAUCUUUGAAUCGUUAUUUCAUCAAGGUACCCAGAAGCCAGGAGGAGCCGGGUAAAGGUUCUUUCUGGAAAAUAGAUCCUCAGUCGGAGGCCAAGCUCAUCGAUCAGGCCUUCAGACGGAGACGACAACGUGGCGUACCUUGUUUCCGUGCGCCCUUUGGAACGUUAUCAUCGAGUAGGAGUGCGCCGGCUUCGCCAUCUCACGUAGGGAUUAGUGGUUUGAUGACGCCGGAAUGUCUAAGCAGAGAGGCUUCCCCAGGACCCGAAUCGUAUCCGGACAGUUCUGUCCCCUCUCCGGCUGGACAACUCGCGACGAGUCAAUCGGCGCCUGGUUCGCCCGGUCAUCCAUAUACGUCGUCCCAGUCGACUCAUAAGGGACGUCUGAUGCAAACGAUUGUAACAAACGGCGUUAGCGGUGAUACUGGAAGAGAAGAAAAAUAUUUGGUGCCUGGACCAAACGUUGUAGAGGACCAUUCUUUAUCACCGGCUGGCCAAUACAGUCCGGCUCCUGUUAUUGUACAAACGACGUAUAAUUACAGUGGAAAUUUUAUCGGCCCCGAUGCUGGCGUCGGGGGGGUUAGCAAACGUGCCCACGAAGAGUCGGACAGCUCGCCGGGUUCACCGGCCCCGCUUGCGAUUGUCGAGAGUCCCGAGCCGCCCGAACAGCAGCCAUCGCAAUCCAAACGUCAACGUAUUCACGAGAUGGACGAUCAUUGAACUGAUACAUACACUUAGCAUCCUGUUACGUAGAACAUUACAUUUACAUUGCAUUAUUUGUCUCUAUCGUCGAACACAUAUUGCAAACUUCAUAUUGUUUUAAUUGCAUAACCGCUUUAGACUGCACAUAAUCAAGAUUGAGCGUCAGUUCUAUUAUCUCGUUAAGAACAACGAGAAACUGUUGUGUGUAUGAGUUCGCAGAAGAAAUACCGAUCUUUGAAAGAAAGAAUGACGAGAGCAGAAGACACUUUUCCUGUCCUUCUAGAAUUCAUGUUUCGACAUGAUUCUCUCAUCAACAGUCAAUGUAUAUAAGAUAUACAUAUACUUUAUUAAAUGCUUUCUCUUUAUGACUUGUUAACUUCGGCUGAAGAUAUAGUAUAUAUAUGUAUAUGGAGCUUAUUUGAUUGAAAAAGUCAUUCAAAAUAGUAACUGCAGCCGAUACUGCGCUGAUACAUAAAAUUGCAAUAAUGUGAUGCGGUAACGUGUGCCAUUCAGCGUUUAGCCGAUUUAUUAAAUAGACAAAGAGAAAAAAAUGAAAAUGUUACCCAAUGUAAUUCAAUCAAGUUAAAGCGCGACAUAUUUACGAUUAUAAAUUCGUUGAUCAACAUUCAUUUUAUACUCGCGUGAUUUUUGUUGCACUACCGCUUGCAUCAACUUGGCGUCGUUAUCGCAAUUAACGAAGAUUAAUAAUAAUAAUGCAAAAUGAUAUAGAAGAAAAGAGAGAAAUAGAUUAUUAUUACAAUUAUUAUUAAACAGCAUUCUUAAUUUAUGAUAUGCUCAAUUGAAUGUUCCAUCUGAAGGCGAGAUAAUAAGUCACAAUUUUGACAAGACUAGAGAGAUAUUUCUUUUAAAAAAUCACAUUAUAUAUCGCGAGUAAUGAGAAAAAUCUGAUAAAGGAUAAUUUAGCGAACAAGCAUUUAGAAAACAAUGAGCUUUUGAUGAUAUAGUCUCUGCUCUAGAGAUUGUUACCAGAGUCAGAGAAGAAACAAAAAAAAUUAUAGAGCCUUAUAAUAUUUUACAUUUAAUCAGUGUAAGGACGCGGUUUCACGCGGUGUAGUGGAACCAACUCGAGCUGGUCGAGCGGCUACACAUACACAAGCAUAUAUUAUAUAAAUACAAAAAUUUCCAGGGAAUCUCUACAUAAACACAUACAUGUCGGAAGAUUUUUAAUUUCGCUGAAGAUUCCCCCGGAUUAUCUGUCAUCCCGAGUUUCCGCUUGAAUGAGGCGAUUUUGCUUUACAUCGCGGGAUCGUUCACCUAAUUCUAUCAUCUAAAACAGUCUUCUUAUUUUUAACGUUAGAAGAGGAACUGUUUCAGAUAAAAAAGGGGUAAAAUUAAAGCUGGAGAAAGUUUUGUAAAAUAUGCGUGUUGGAGAAGAAAGGCUAAUUGUCAAAGAUAAUGUCAUCAUGCCAAACUCUGGAUUAUACAAAGUUCUCUCGCGAUCAGGGGAUUUACUUUUUCUCGUGCAAUCGUAGUUAAUUAACUCGCCAAUCUCCCUAAGAGGGUUGGCGUUAGAAAACAAUGCAUAGCAUUAAAUUUACAUAGGCGGAGAAAAGCAGUAUUGGAUGCAAUUGUGUUAUGAAAAAUUGCGUGGUGGUGUAAUCAAAUAAAAUUUAUUUUUUUCGCACCUUCCGCGCGCGCGCGUGUAUAUGACGUUUAUCUGAAACGUUAUUUUUCUAUAGUUGGAAAUAUACGAGCACAACUACAAGGAGGUUUUGGAUGAUACUGGUAGAUGGACUACGCUGUUGUACAGCGUUGACACAUACGUAUCUACCAAAAGCAAAACGUAUGUUUCAUUAUACAUAUACGUACACAUACGUGUGUGAAUAUAUACAUAUAUAUAUAUAUAUAUAUAUGCAUAUGAUGUCGCGAAUAAGAUCAAUAUGUUUACAGCACGUGCGUGUUACAUAACAUACAUACAUUUUCGUUCGAUGUCAUACGCAUGUAUGUGUGCAUAUGUAUAAUAUCGCAAUAAAAUUAAUACUAUAUUAU